AUGAAUCAUGGCGAUUUUGGCUACGGCUCAACCGAAGUCCCCCGGGUUGGAUUCCACGGUCCGUAUAUCUUCUCAAUGUCGGGCGCGGAUGUCCGGUACCCGUCCGAUUUUGACAUCAGCCUCUUGGAUGACUUGGGCCUCGAGGGUUAUGUCAAGUCCAGCGCACGAGGAGUAGUCACAGGCACUGCAUACGGCACUCCCGCAAAUUUUCAAAGAGUAGUCCAUUGGUAUAAUUCCAAGUACCAAUCAUGGGCUGAAACCCAAAGCGAUGGUUCAUUCAAGUCACCCCCCUUACCGGCGGACACAUAUACUCAAGCAUUAUAUCAAGGGCAGCUCCUUGCCGCCACUACCACGGUCAAGGUCAAAGCUGGCGCAACCGCUACCGCUUCGAUUACGGCCAGCAAUCCUAUCAUAACGCAGUCACGUACCACGGUUUUCCAAAUAGGUGAUUACGAUGGCUCUCCGGCAAGCUUUGUGAAUGCGGAUAUCCAGCCCCAGCAUCACCCUUCUGAUAAACGAAUGAAUUGGACAAGCGUUCCGUUCACCGUCGGCGACAAUUCCAAAACAUUCCCAAUGGCUCUUUUCUAG